CUUUAUGAAAACAGCUGUAGAUAAUCAUAGUCUUUAUAAACAUAGUUCUGCAUAUAGUAAUUUUUAUCGCAAUUGUAUUUAUUUAAGUCGUAAAUAUUUUGCUUAUAAAUGAGCUUGGAAUUGUGUAAUUUCUGCUCGGCAAUAAAAGUUUCGUUAUAACCAAGAAAUAGAUACAUUUAUGGAAAUGGCUUCGAAUGCCGAUACAAAUUACCAGUCUUUAAAUGAAGGUAAUCCCUUCCGCAAGGAAAAUGAGGAGUUCCGCAUACAAGAUCACGAUGAUACUCCAGGAGAUAGUGGAAUUAUGAUACAUGUAGUUCCCGAAACAAAUAAAGCUAGAUGGAAUCAUAUUGAAGACUUGGAUUCGUUUUUCACUCGAAUGUAUAACUAUCACCAAAAACAUGGGUUCUCCGUUAUCGUGCUAGAUGAAAUCUUUCAACUUUUCAAGUUCGGCUUUGUUGUCUGGUUGCUUACUUUUACGUUGUACUGCAUCGAUCAUCCAGUUUUAUUUGGAAAUCAGACGCCAGCGAGCAACCAUACCAAAGUUACUUUAAGAGACGUUGUAAUUCCCACGGGGGAAUGCCUUGCUGAUUUCAAUGGUUUUACGUAUUUGUUACUGCUUCUAGCAACUCUCUAUUUUGUAGUUCGAUUUCUAAGGGUAGCAUAUUUGAUAACUCAGUACAUGGAUAUGAAAAAAUUUUAUCAGACCGCGCUGCACAUAGACGACAAAGAAUUAGACAACACGACAUGGCACGAAGUAAAAAUGAAAAUUAGAGAAGUCCAAUCCGAGCAGCAUAUGUGUAUCGAUAAAGAGCAAUUGACGGAAUUAGAUAUAUAUCAUCGAAUUUUGAGAUUUAAAAACUAUAUGGUCGCUUUAAUGAACAAAAACCUUCUACCUGUCAAAUUCCAUCUUCCGCUAGUUGGAGAGGUUACUACCCUGAGCCGUGGAUUGCUGUUUAACAUACAUGUAAUACUAUUCAGAGGACCUGGCUCACCAUUUCAAAAUAACUGGCAACUGCGAGAUGAUUUCAACUUCCGCAGCAACCAAGUCGAACUAGCUCAGCGUUUGUCAAAACUCAUAAUGUGGGUAGCGGUAGCGAAUUUAAUUUUGGCGCCAGUAAUAUUUCUGUGGCAGUGUCUAUAUUUCUCAUUUUCGUACGCAAACGUAAGUAAAAAUAUCUAAAAUGGAAUUAAAUGA